AUGCGCCCCAGACCGGUCAGGGCCGCUCUCCCCGACCCGGCCUGGCCCGGCCCGCUCCCCCGCGGCCCGAUCCCCCCCAGCCCGGUCCGGUCCGGUCCGACCUGCGGGGCCAGCAGGGUCCGCACGUGCCGCAGCUGCAUCGCGCCCUCCGCCGGGCCCGGGCCCGGGGCGGGGAUGGUCCCACGGGGUCGAGCUGGUCCCAGUACCGCUCCGCUGCCGCCGCGGGCCCGCCUCGCCCCGCCCCCGCUGCCGUGGCAACCCCGCGGCCUCCGCCGCGCUGACGUGAGCGCGUCGGGCCCGCGGGGACCGACCCCCCCCCACCGGCAGGGAUCGGCUCGGCUCGAUCCAGGCUCCGCUAUGGAGGCACUGCGAGCGGCGGGGCGCGCCGUGCUGCGGAGCCCGCGCCUCGCCCGGCACGGUCUGGGUCUCCGCCGGCGGCGCAAGCUUCCUGAGAGCUGGGCCGAUAUGCAGGAGCCACUGCUUGAGGGGAUGUGCUUCACCCUCAAGUAUCUCGGCAUGACGCUGGUAGAAAAACCAAAAGGAGAAGACAUGGCUGCUGCUGCCAUCCGCAGGAUCGUGGCCACGGCACGAGUCGGAGCUCGCAAGUUUCAGAAGGUGAUUCUUACAGUUUCUCCAAGGGGCAUCUCACUGCAGGAUGCAGACACUAAGGAGAUGGUGGAGAACAUCUCUAUCUACAGGUGGGCAUGUCACAGGAUUUCCUACUGCACAACAGACAAGCUGCAGAACAAAGUCUUUGCUUAUGUUGCCCAGAGCCAGGAGAGCGGGGCACUGGAGUGCCAUGCCUUCCUCUCACCCAAGAAGAAGAUUGCCCAGGCUGUGACUCUGACUGUGGCCCAGGCCUUUCAGAUGGCACUGGAUCUCUGGGAAGCAACACAUGCAGGCUCUAGGCAGAAUCAGCCCCUUCACCCUUCAUGUGUCUUGGAGAGCAGUGAGGCCGGCAGAGCCCAUGAACCAGCCCCCCCAGGGAGUGCUGCCUUCACACACCACGUUGGGGAGGAGGAGGAAGAAGAUGAUAAUGUCAAUGAAACCUUAUCUGGCAGCAUGGAGGAGUUGGGGAGGGGACUCCACAGCCCAGCAGAAUUAACACCUCUUGUGCCCCCAUCGAGCUCUCCUACAGCACAGCUACUGUGCUACCGCCUGGGGCCACCCCCGGACAGCUGGACCGUGCUGGGAGGGGCUGGAGACUCCCCCAGCACUGGCACCAGGACUGCUGGCCCCAAGACUGCCCUGGGCUAAGCCAAAUCUCUGCAACAAUGGACCAGCCACUCAGGAUUCACCCUGUGCCUGCACCUGGGCCAGCCAGUGCCUGCCCUGCCCUGGCAUUGCCCUCCUGGCACUGGGGGCUGCUGGGACUGCUGCCACGGAGCGCACAGGC